AUGGAUCCGUAUCAGAAUCAAGGCUAUGGAGGCAACCAGGGCUGGACUGGUGGUGCAUGGAACCCUGCCCAGCAUGGGUACAAUCCAAACAACAACUGGCCACCACAACCUCCACAACAACAACUCCCACCUCCCCCUCAGCACAAUAUGCAGGUGUCAUCUGCUCUGUUCUGCUGCGGUAACUGCCAGCGCGUUGCUGCUCCACCCCAACCGAGCGUUCAUGCAUAUACCACGCGCUUGGCCUUCUUCGUUGCGCACAUCCUGCAUCCUACGGUAGCAUCGUACACCCAGGUGCCUAACCACAACCAGCAUCCCAAUCACUUUGCUAGUGACAUACCACUAUCUCAAGCAAUUCCCUCCAUUGGAGGUCAUGCUGGUCAAGGUCAAGGUCAAGGUACCAAUGCCCAGCAGAUUGCACAGCAAGUGGUCCAGCAGCAAGGUGGUCAGCAACAGCAUGUUCUCAUGCAACAAGCUCCAACCGGACCUGCUGCGGGUAGCAGUACUCAUUACACUGCUUUUGCUGGUAGUAACCAUCAACCUGGCUUUAAUCAGCAAGGAAACUACCAAGCUGGUGGUGGUUAUGCUCAACACAAUGCUACACAGCAACAUCCUCACCAAAAUGGACCACCUAGCAAUACAUCCCAAGCUAUUAUUGGUCCCAUCAUACAUGCUGGAUCCUCUUAUAGCAUCGAUCCAACCACUGCCAUCCCUCUUCCGCGCUUUCUUCGACCCAACUUUCAGCUGAAUGUCAAGUUUCGCCUUGAACGCUUCCGUGUUGACCCUCCGCAACAGCCUUUUCAGUAUGGAAUGUCAAAUCCUCAAGGUUUCACUCCCUACCAGCGCUCACCGUACAUGAAUCCUUACCAGAACACUGCUAUCUCUCCCUCCACCAAUGUCCCUAAGCCUAGGGACAACAUGGAACUUAUCUGGUACUACUGGCCAGUUCAGCUCGAGGUUCCUCUCUGGGCUAGGGGUCAAAACACUCUGACUUCUGCACCAGACAUUGGUGCUCAGCUCAUUCGAGAGGGUAUGCAGAUCAUUAACGGAGAGCGCUGGGGAUUUAUCCAGCAUCAAGAGAGUCCCGAGGGCUUAUGGCACAAGCGCCGCUCGUACAAGAUUCUCGAGUGUCCUGUUCAUGGAAUGCUCUGGAAGGUCACUGUCUUCGUUCGUCGUGGUUAUUAG